GUGCAUUAGCCUAAUCCCUCCUGUCUGACUCGCACCGCUCCAAGCAUUUCAGUGAACAGAUACAAGCACGGAGGCGUGGAGAGGUCUUUGACCUGAAAUGAAGAUAUUACCAAACAUCUCAUAAUUUUGAUGACUUGUUGAAGACAAUGUUGAGUUUCAGCGUGCAUAUGUGGAUGUUAUGGUUGCUUUAUACAGGCACUUUCUCCGAUGAGAACAUCAACGGCUGUGAACAACAGCUAUGCCAUAAUGGUGGUCAAUGUGAGAGCCACAGUGGAGGUUUCAGAUGCGUUUGCUCCCAACAAAGCCAAAAUGGGCGCCUGUAUGGGGGAGAGAACUGCACGACUGCACUUACAGGCUGUGAUGAUAACCAAUGUGAGAAUAGAGGAAUAUGUUCUCCCUUACUUGUUAAUGAUCAGCAUACUUAUACAUGCAUCUGCCUUGCUGGCUUCACCGGCCCUAAAUGCCAGACCCCCACCGUCUUCUCAUUUGAGUCCAGAGGCUACAAGUACAUAGAGACUCAGCUUCUCGACCCAGAGGCUCCUCUUAAUGUGACAUUCAGCUUCAGGACAGCGAGACCGGUCGGCACCCUCUUGCAGCGCAGAGUAGAUGACCUGCUCCUCAGCAUUGAGCUCAUGGACGGGCAUCUGUGCCUCCGCAGCCUGAGAGGUCAAGGCUCCAGCACGCUGGUUCAGGAGCUGCCUGAGUACUUGUCCAACAACAAGUGGCACACGGUGGAAGCAUCACUGGGCGGUGAGGUCAGCCUCAUCAGGCUGCUCUGCGAUGCAGGAAGCUGCAUCAGAGACUCCAGCGCUGAAAUCCAGCUGCUUGAGCAAGCCUCUGCUCUCCCCGAGCCAGAAACAGUUCGUCAAAGCCUCUUCAUAGGAGCAGUCGGGGCAAUCUGGGGUUCAGGCCGAGCAGGGGAUGAAACAAACUACCCGCCUGCUUUUCUGGGCUGCUUCAGAGAUGUGCUUGUGGACUCACAUCUGGUGUUGCCUGCUGUAGUGCCAGAAGAUUCAGAUGCCCAAGAAAACAUCACUGUGGGAUGCAGCGACAAAGACAAGUGCGAUGACAGCCCAUGUCAGAACCGAGGGCGCUGUGUGAGCCAGGGCUGGAGGAGCUACGUGUGUGAGUGCCAUAGGCCGUAUGAGGGAAACAACUGUGCAGAGGAGUAUAUCACAGCCAGAUUUGGAAACAAAGAUCUGGGGAGUUAUGCUUUCUUCUCUUUGGACAAUGACCCAGGUGAUACUGUGACCGUAUCUAUGUUCAUUCGCACCAGACAGUCCAGCGGCCUGCUCCUCAUCCUAGCCAACAGCACCAGCCAGUACCUUCGCCUGUGGCUGGAAGAGGGCAGGGUCAAAGUUCAGGUCAAUAACUUUGAGACCCUUGUUGGUCAGCGUAAGGUCAGCGACGGCCAUUUCCAUCUGGUGACUGUGAAGGUGGAAGGAAUGGCAGCCAUGUUGCUCCUGUCAGCCCAGAGCCAGGGCUCUAUUCCCAUUAGGCCCAUCCAGGUCCAUCCUGGGGAUCUGGUUUACGUUGGGGGGCUACCAGACUCAAGGGCCUCUGCCUCGUUUGGUGGCUACUUUAAGGGAUGUGUCCAAGACCUGAGGAUUAACAGCAAAAGACUGCAGUUCUAUCCCAUUGUAACUCCUGUGGAAUCAUACAGCCUGGAGCAACUCAUCAAUGUUUCACAAGGAUGCAUCAGUGACAAUGCCUGUGUUGUCAACCCUUGUCUCAACGGGGGAGUGUGUUACUCCAUAUGGGAUGAUUUCAUCUGUAACUGCCCCCCCAACACUGCAGGGCAACGCUGUGAGGAGGUGAAAUGGUGUGAGCUGUCUCCCUGCCCCGCCUCUGCAGUUUGCCAACCCCGCUCUCAGGGCUUUGAGUGUUUGUCUUCCGUAACAUUUCGGGUUGAAAGCAGCAUUUUGCACUACCGGAGCAACGGGAAGAUUAAGCACAGCCUCUGCAGUGUCUCCCUCAGCUUCCGCACAAGACAGUCCGCUGCCACCUUACUGCAUGCACAAAAGGACUCUGACUACCUCACCGUCUCACUCCUGGACUCUCAUGUGCUCAUGGAGUUCCAGGCUGGGGCUGACAAGGAUUCCCUCAAGGUGACAGUUCAAAGCCAGGGUCCAAUCAGUGAUGGAGAGUGGCACACUGUGGAGCUAAGCAAGGAGAACCAGACACUCCCGACCUCCAAGUGGAUCAUGGCAGUGGACAGAGGCAAGAUAGAGCCAAGCAAGUCCAAAACAGCUGCGGGUGACCUUGGUUUUCUUAGGGAGGAAGCAGACAUUUUUCUUGGGGGACUGAGCCUGGACGCGGGAGUAAACCUGUCUGGCUGUCUGGGCCCAGUGGAGAUCGGAGGCCUUCUUCUCCCUUUCCACCUUGACACAGAGUUGAACCUCCCCAGACCUCAGGAGGAGCAGUUUAUGAGGAUAAAUGGCAACGAUGUGCUUCGAUACGGCUGCUGGGGCGCCAGUGUGUGUGAACCCAACCCUUGUAAUAACCAGGGUGUGUGUGAGGACCAGUUUGACCUGCACCACUGCACAUGUCCCUCUGAGUGGACGGGGCCUCUUUGUCAAGUCCCAACAGACACCUGCAUCUCCAGCCCCUGCAUCCACGGCAACUGCAUCAACUUAUCGGGGGGAUUCAUGUGUGUGUGUGAGCCGGGGUACAGUGGACUACAGUGUGAGCUGGAAGUUGAUAUGUGUGAAAACAGCAAUUGCAGCAAAGGUGCCACGUGCCUCAAAGGUUUCACAAGCUAUGCAUGCCUCUGCCCUAAGAAUCUGACGGGGCAAUACUGCGAGGAGAAAGUUCCUGAAAUCCCAUGGUACAUUGAGAACCAUCUACUUCCCACGUUGCCUGUAUCUACAUGCAUGGGUACAAGACGGAACUACAGCUGCUUUAAUGGAGGGAACUGCUCUGAAGAAGACAACACCUGUUACUGCCUGCCAGGUUUCACAGGACAAUGGUGUGAGAAGGAUGUGGAUGAAUGCGCCUCUUACCCGUGUAUGCACGGAGGCUUCUGUAUAAACUACGUGAACAGUUUUGAGUGUGUGUGCGAUAUAAAUUACUCAGGGAAACACUGCCAAGUUGACGUCAGCGACUUCUACUUAUACCUUUUCCUGGGCCUGUGGCAGAACCUCUUCCAGCUGGUGUCCUACCUUGUGAUACGCAUUGACGAUGAGCCAGAAAUUGACUGGGGAUUCUUCGACAAUUAGGCCCCUGACACUGACACACUGGAGUACAUUUGAGAAAAUGUAGUACCCUA